UGCUUUGACAAAGACACAUGAUCUGUUGAUGACUUCGYUUGUUAGCUUGUCUCAAAACAACGGUCUGUCUUGUCCAAUGACUCCCUCUCUCUUGUGUUGUUGAAUGAAAUGCAGCGAAACAGAUCAGAGAGAGUCUCAGCACUUUAGCUGGCUGGACAAGCCUUUGCGUGCAUAUGGAUGAAUAAAUCGCUGAAAUACCUGCAUCAAUGGCGAGACACUGACAGAAAGUCGUACGUCUCACUCGCUAAAACGCACUUGGAAUUCCUGAGUGAGGUCACUAAGUAUCCAUCGCUCGUGAACGGCUGUCAUCUACGUAACGCGAUACGACGUUAUGAACUAUUUUGGCUACCACUAUGUAAGAGAUAUGGUACAAUGUCGAGCGAGGACUGGGCUGCACCUCUGGAUAUUGCAUGGGUGUGGUACUUACAUAUGGUUACUCCUGCAAGUUACAUCGAUGACUGUAUCAAUCUGAUCGGCAACGCUCCAAGCCAUGCGUUAAAGUCAGGAAUAUUGAGAGACAAAGCUUUGUUGCUUACUAAAGAUCUUUGGGACAAAGCUUAUGUCUCGACGAAAGAACCUUUUUCUGUUGAUUUGAACGUACCAUGUGUGUGUUCCUAUGACAACCAAAAACUGCCUCAUGACUUCAAUCACUUAUCACGCAAACAGCGUAACUUCUGUUAUCAAGUAUCGCUGCCGCAUUAUAGUGAUGACACAUUUCUCGAUUCUGCUACCGAGCGUUACGUCACGCAUUUAGAUCUUCAGAGGAAAAACUCUUCGCUUUUUCUGUCAGUACCAGUCGAUGUACAGCUGGUUAUGCAGACACAUCAGUUGAAUCCUAUCUUUUACCAGUAUCAGAUAGGUGUAAUUCUAGGGAAGGUCGUGAAUUAUGAAUACGAUUUCCUAUUGGACUGUAAAUCAAACAUCGAUAAACGAUAUCAGGCUGAAACAAUCACAAAACAACUGUGGGAGAAAGCCGGCCAGAAUUAUGCCAAACCUGGUACUAUCCAUCGUGGAGAUAUUCCAAUUUUUGUUGAAAAGCUAAAGCUGAAGAAUUACGUCGUUCCAGUUGACUACGAAGUAUCUGUUACGAAGAUCGAGCUUAUACCGCUACAAUACUACGAUAACUACGCUUUAAUGUUUAAGGUUACCGAAGGAAGCGAGAUUUCGAAGACCAAAAUCAAAAUAGAGCAAUGCUUUGCUUCCAAACAACGGCAUCGACCCCAAUUGAGAAACCAUGAGAACGGAAUUGAAUACGUUCCGCUUGAAGAUUUCUCUGGAGGUAAAUCUAAAGGUUCUAAUUCUCAGAAGUAUUCUUUACKAGAUGAGGAGUCGGAUCAGGAUCAAUGUAGKGAGGAUGUUCUUGUCAUUGGUGAUGGUACCCAUGCUCUCAUGAGAUACAAAACGAACGCUGCACUGUCAACGAAAGUUGAGAUAUCUCUCCUUGAAGUCGAUAAAAACAGAUUAACGUCAGCAAAGUCUUGCAUAGGACGGUGUGAUUUAGAUGUGUUUCACUUUGUGGAAUCGGGUGACAAGUUUUACAACAAGGGAACAAAGCAAAGAGUUUGUUUACCUUUAGAAUUGCCAAGCGAUUGCCCUUCCGUCCGCUUGACCCUAGUGUUAGCGCCUAUGAGGAGUGGUCAUCAUGUGUUCCAAAUAAGCACAGAGGAGUAUGGGCUUGCAAAGUUUGUGCAUAUUGGAAGUGCACUUUCAUACCCUUCACUGAUGUUGCCUUUGUGUAAGCUCACAGCAAGUGACGCAGCCGCUGAGGUAAUGACCUACCCGAUAAAGGAUUGCAGGGGAAAAGAAACCUUCUCUUGCCGGGUAGUCCGGUCGACGUCGGACUUACUCUACGCCAUAGAGAUUAUCGAUAAAGAGGGAGCAACAAUAGCGACGAGUCAUCUCCUGUCAAACGACACUUUACCUCUUAAAAGCGAGCUGUUUUCCAGCCAGCAUAAACCCGUCUUCGUUGACGACGAACUCCAGUAUGCCAUGAUUAUAAGAGGACAGGAAGACUGGGGCGUGUGCUACGGUCAAAAGUUUCAACUGUCUCAAUCGGUGCCGUUUUUUGGCCUGAAGUUGUUUCUAUUUCACGAGAAUGCCAACGAGUUCUGCUAUGUGCGCAAGUACAAAGGAUCGCUUUACAUGUUCACUCUUAGCGCUACAGAAAAGAGAGAAAACGAUGCACACAUCUACCUUCACUUAGCCGAGGGGAAAGUCGUCAUUACCGGGAACCUUAAAGAAAUCCCAGAAAUCUUGGCAUUUCUAAUGUCUGCCCUUGUCUUGCGAUAUAUUUUUUGCGAGAAGGAAGCAGACUCCUGGACUCUAAUUGACACAAAUGGUGUGGAUUUAUUAAGCAUAUUUCAAGGCGGAGAUGAUGUGGGACUUUUAUGGGAUGGUAUUUAUAAAGGUGAUGAAGCGAGUAUUGCAGCAUAUCGCGCGGUGGUUUCCAAAGUUGAGUGUUAAAUUUUCAAAGUAAUCAAGAAAUAAAAAGCACAAGUUAGGUAACACCUAAUAGUGUAUCUAGAAAAUCAACACUAUUUCGAGGAUAAUCAGCUAAGGUUAUGGUAAUUCAGUAAGUUUUUGCAGUUCGUGAUCAGUUGGAUAUUUUUGUUGAUUCAUUAUAAUUCAUAAUGAUUCAUCCGCGUUGCCACUAUUCUUCGUUUUCAAGUUACGUCACAGCGGUUAUUCUUAACUGAUUAGCAAAAAAGCCAUGGCUCCUUUCGGUCGUGCAAUCUCCGUUUGAAAUAGGUAUCAAUUUGAACACACUUUUAAUAGCCAAUUACAGCACGCGUCUUAUUCAUCGCGUCUUAUAAAUCGAUUUGAAUCGAUAUUCUUGUCAAAAGUUGAGCAGAAUCGUGGCAACAAACGUUCGCAUUUCAGCUUAAUUUCAUUGUAAAUUGUAAGUAUUUCUUAAUUGUACGUUACGUUUUGUAUUUCCAUGGCGUAACUUUUACUGAACUUGAAAGUUUUGAAUUGAGAUCUUUUUACACAUUUUACACGCCACUUUUUUUAAGUAUAAAGUUGUGUGACACUGUAAUACUGAUUUCAUUACUCAGUGGCGGCGCACAACGUAACAAAGUAGGAUAGCUAACUCAAUACAUUGUCAAUAUUUAAUGGAUAGAUUUAAGGCUGCGGAAAAAUGAAAUUUCUUUCAAAUGAA